CGGCCUUGUACACUGAAGACGCAGGAUCGAAAUUCUGUCGCUCACUAAUUUGAACUUGGCAUUGGCUGACUGUGCCGUGGGGCUUCAUGAUCACAGAGUUCAUGUCUUAAUGUCUCUGAGUCCUUCCGACCAAGUUCAUUUUCUCGAAGUCACUGACUAGCAGCAACGCUCGCUUCCAUUCGUCAUCAGCCCUGCGAAAAGUUUAUCGAUAACAUCUCAAGCUCCUCCACCAAUGACCCCUCAUUCGCUCCACAACCACCAAGCUCCCUACAACAGUAACCACGUAUAGGAUCCCUCGCCCUGUAUACCUCUAUCCUAGGAACGAAGCCCUCAAACUUCUUCUCGACUGCGCACAACAACACCCUCACAAUGAUAGCCCUCGGCCUCGAAGGCUCCGCCAACAAAAUCGGCAUAGGAAUAAUAUCCCACACGCCCUCCAAACCCCCCGUCAUCCUCGCCAACCUCCGCCAUACCUACAACUCUCCCCCAGGCGAGGGCUUCCUCCCCAAAGACACCGCGCUGCACCACCGUGCCUGGGUCGUCCGCCUCAUCAAGCAAGCCAUCCGCCAGGCCAAAAUUACCAUCUCCGACCUCGACUGCAUAUGCUACACGAAAGGGCCGGGCAUGGGCGCGCCCCUGCAGAGCGUCGCGCUGGCCGCCCGCACCUGCGCGCUGCUCUGGGACAAGCCGCUGGUCGGCGUGAACCACUGCGUCGGCCACAUCGAGAUGGGGCGCAGCAUCACGGGUGCGGAGAACCCCGUCGUGCUGUACGUGUCUGGGGGCAACACGCAGGUGAUUGCGUACUCGGCGAACCGGUACCGGAUCUUUGGCGAGACGCUGGAUAUUGCCAUUGGGAAUUGCAUCGAUCGGUUUGCGAGGACGCUGAUGAUUCCGAAUGAUCCGUUCCCUGGAUACAAUGUCGAGCAGCUGGCGAAGAAGGGGAAGAAUUUCAUCGAGCUGCCGUAUGCCGUCAAGGGCAUGGAUGCGAGUUUCUCGGGGAUAUUAGCCGCGGCGGAUGUGUUGGCGAAGGGGCUGGAUGAGAGCCUGCCGGAUGAGAAGAGGUUGAAGACGGAGGAGGGAGAGUUGAUUACCAAGGAAGAUCUGUGCUUCUCCUUGCAAGAGACGAUUUAUGCGAUGUUGGUGGAGAUUACGGAGCGCGCGAUGGCGCAUGUGGGGAGCAAGCAGGUGCUUGUGGUUGGGGGUGUGGGCUCUAACGAACGGCUGCAGCAGAUGAUGGGCAUCAUGGCGAGAGAUAGAGGAGGAAGUGUGUUUGCGACCGACGAGCGCUUCUGCAUAGACAACGGUAUCAUGAUUGCACACGCGGGGCUGUUGGAGUAUCAGACUGGCGUCACGACUAAGCUGGAAGACAGUACAUGCACGCAGCGUUUCAGAACGGAUGAGGUCUACGUAGGAUGGAGGGAGUAGUCUUCCAGGAUGUCUCAGUGACUACUGUUCGUCACCUGUUUCGCGAAGAUUCACUAAUAUGAUACCCAAUUUUACCUUCGUCACAUCUCGUUUACGGGCGGAGGCGU